AUGUCCGACAGCAACGAAGCACCGCCCACCACCAUCACGCUCCACCCUCCCAUCACCACCAACACCACCACGGGCACCACGCCCGCGCAGCCGCCUCCCACGCCCGCCUGGCUGCAGGGCAAAUGGCACGUCACGCACAGCACGCUGCCCAUGUGGCGGUCGAAGCGCAACGUCACCAUCACCUACACUGCGCUGCCCGACGGCGCCAAGAUCGACGACCUGGUCGAGUACCAGGCGCUGGACGGCUCCGACAAGGUCAAAUCCGUGCACGGCGUCGACACGCCCGCCGCCGACUGCGCCGGCUGGGCUUGGGACUGGCGCGGCAAGGGCUGGCUCGUCAUCGCCAGCAGCCGCUGGGAGGCGCUCGGCUACGGCGACGAGGACGGCGAGGGCGAGAGGCAGUGGGCCGUCACGUAUUUCGCAAAGACGCUGUUUACGCCCGCCGGACUCGACUUGUACAGCCGGCAUCCGGACGGCUUGAGGCCGCGGACCGUCGAGGCGAUCAAGGAGGCGCUGGCGCGUGUCGACGACGAGGACGUGCGGAGAUUGGCUGGCGGCUUGUUUGAGGUCAAGAUGGAUGGCUCGCGGAAGGAUUAA